AUGGUGCAUGAGCAGAGCGGCAGCGGCCACCACCAUCAGCAGCUGCCGAGGUACGGCAGCGGCGCCGGCGCGCCCACCGGCGUGGCGCGGGCGUCGAAGAAGAACAAGCCCAAGAAGAUCCCGCAGCGCGGCCUCGGCGUCGCGCAGCUCGAGAAGCUCCGGAUCGAGGAGCAGAAGAAGAUGGAGGGAGCCGCCGUGUCAGGGGCCGCGCACGCGCCGCACCCGCACGCCCUCGGUGGCGGCGGCGGCAGCCUCGGCCACCUCCUCUCGAUGCACCCUCCGCCGCCGCCGCUCUCCCUGAGCGCCCUGCCGAGGCCGGCCGCAGACGCCGGCGUGCACUGCGGCUUCCCGCCGGUGCUCUGGGACCCGGCGGACCCCAUGAGGCACCCGUACAAGAGAAGCCUGUGCCCGCAGCCUCCACUUCCAACGGUGAGCACGGGCUUGUCGCUGACGGCGUCGUCGAGCCACCACCCAACGGAGCCCCCUUCAAACCAAAUGUACAGCAGCAGCGUCAGCAGGAGCGGCGCAGCGGCGCCGGCGCCGGCCGACGAGGACAGGGACGCGGCCGGCGUGGAUAGGUCAUGGCCAUUCAUGUUCGAGGGCAUGAACGCGGCCGCCUUCCGGACGACAGGCAAAGCGCCUUUCGCCGCCAGGGCGGCGAGAGAGGCCGGGUUGCCUGAGGUCUGUCCUGACCUGAGCAGAUACGAGUUCAGAGCAACGAAUUAUUUCAGCACGAAUCCGAAUUAUUCAGACUGGGCAUCAGAGUUUGCUCCCUGCAAGAGCAUCAAGGAGAACGGCUGCACCGGAGAGCCUGCCUACCUCACCCUGAACGCGCAGCCUACUCCCCUCAUCAAGCAGCCCCAUCUGAUCCCGUCGAUUCACCUCCCGGAGUACAGCGACUUCGGCGUCAUGCAGUCUCAGGGAAGCGUUUCAGCUUCGUCGUCGUCGCGGCCGUUCUACAGCUUCAUGCCGGUCGGGCCAGUUCGAUGCGAGAGGCCCCUGAAUGAGAUCAAGGCCGACGUGUCUGACAGCGUCGAUCUGGAACUGAAGCUAUGAAAGAGCUCAGCAGACAACAGCGGGCUCCUUCCUCUGUUCCUUCCUGAUAAACAUGGCACCAAAUCUGCAAUGGAAACAACACCUUGUUGAAAAAAUCGAUCGUAGUGGUGUGUUCAGUUUGUAACCUGAAACGUGAUGGUUUUCGCUUCAAAUAAGCAUCUGGUGAAGGCUACCUCUACCUGAGCCAUCCCCUCCCUGGUCGUUUCAAGCAGAGCGCAGCCUGCUGUGCGUGAUCGAAGCACGAAGCGAUUCCACAUGGUCCCGAUAAGCUCGUGCCAAACGUGGCAGAGGCUCGCUCAACAGAGGAGUAUCAGAUGGGUAGAUGGUGGUGUGUGUGUUGAACAGGAGCAUGUGCAGGACGGGCAUUACUAGCUUGCAGCUAGGCUGU